AUGUCUCACCAAGGGUGUCCGAGCCGUGUUCCUACAGAGGACAUGAGAGGGGCCGCUGCAGAGUUUUACCGGGCCAACGGAGUCCCGCAGCUGGUGGAGAGAGCUCUGAACGAGCUCUUCUUCCAUGAGCCCCGAGACGUCCAUGGAUACUUGGCAAAUUAUUUCACGAACCUAAGUGCACCGCCAAGGAUCAGCGGGCUGAAAGGGAGGGAGGUUUAUGACGCAAGAGGACAACUCUCCAUUGAGGCGGAAGUCUUCUGCAUUGUCUGCAACAAGGAAAAGAGCAUGUCUUCAGCUGCCGUCUCCAGCCACUUUGAGCCGAUGGUGACAUCACUGGACAGGAGCAUAAUGAGUCAGGAGAGGGCUGACCAUAUGAUGACGGCUGCCCAGUGGAUCAAUGGUCCUCUGAAGAACAUGCUGAAGGGCCAAAACCCUUGUGACCAAUCAGAUAUUGACCUUAUAUUGAGCAAUUUCUUCAUGGCCCGCUUCCUUGAGGAGAACGACGUUUUGAACAAGGAAAAUGAGGAGAGUCUGUCCCCCAGCGAGGCUGGGGAGUUGUCUUCUCCACGCUCUGCAGAGACGAAAGACAACAAGUUUGUUAAAAAAGGUAAAAAGAGCAACACUUCGGAGAAACCAUUUCAUCCAACAGAGUCACCAGAACGAGUUUUACGUGGGAGUUGUGCCAUUGGCUCAGUAUCUCUCGCCAUGUCCCAAACUGGUGCAAAUAUACAGGGUCUCCCUCUCUACAAAUACAUAGCUGCUCUGAAGAACAGAAAGGCACCUGCUCCGUUUCACAUCCCUGUAUCUUUGGUAACUUUGCUGAGCUGUGGAAAGACUUCUCCUGGAAAAUUGAGUUUGCUUGAGGAAGUCAUCCUGAUCCCCAAAGCCGGACAACGAGUCAAACAGAUUAUCACAAUGACCCGUGGGAUACAGAAGGAGAUGAUGAGAAUAAUCAACACUUCAACUAAAGCUGGGGCAACCCAGGCAAUGCUGUGUGACAGUGGAGCGCUGGCUGUGAAAUACGAGCGACCUGAGCAGCCUCUGGACCUGAUCACUGAAGCCUGUUGUAACUCUGGACUGGCCUUGGGAACAGAUAUCCACUUAGCACUAAACUGUGCUGCCCCUGAGUUAAUGGACUGUUCUAAAGGAAAGUAUGAAGUUGCAACCGGGGUUUUGAAAUCUCCAGAUGAAUUAGUUGAUAUGUACCGAACCCUUAUCACCAAAUAUCCAGCAGUGGUGGCCUUAAUCGAUCCAUUCAGGAGAGAGGACAUAGACCAAUGGGAGAAGCUGAGCAACAUGAUUGGAGACUCAUGUUCUCUGCUUUCUGACAUCACCUUUAAGCCAAAGGCCCCCCCCCUACCGGGAGUCAGAGGUCACAUCUUAAAACAUGUCCAUGAGACAACGGUCAGCGAUUUGAUCCGCAUCACAUCAGAGCACCAGGGUUCAGUGUUGAUGGGAGCAGCAUGCAGUGAGCCCUGCAGCGAUGACUCUUUGUCAGAUAUUGCUGUGGGUCUGGGCCUGGGCUAUGUCAAACUGGGAGGUCUGAGCGGUGCUGAGAGGAUGGCUAAAUACAACCGGCUGAUUUCUAUAGAGGAAGAGGUGGCCCAACAGGGAAUACUGGUGGCCAAGGUCAAGCACCCCCCUCCACUGUUCACUGAUACACCACAGGAGCAGUCUACCACAGCACCAAACACCUACCAUGGCCACACCCCUGAUUGGCACACAGCUGCGGACGAUCUGGCUCGUUACCACCAGCAGUAUACCAGUCCGUCAAGCUCCUGAAGUUUACAGAUGACACCACCCUCAUUGGACUGGGCUCUGGUGGGGAUGAGUCAGCCACUACAGGUGGGAGUCUGACCAUCUGGUGUCGUGGUGCAGCCAGAACAACCUGGAGCUCAACGCUCUAAAGACAGUGGAGAUAGUUGUGGAUUUCUGGAAGAACGAAUUCCCACGUUCCCCCAUCACCACUGUGGAUUCUGUGGUUUCCUCGUCUCCAUCAUCACCCAGAACCUCAAGUGGUAGCUGAUCAGCUCCCAUCACCAAGAAGGCUCAGCAGAAGUUGUUUUUCCUGAGGCAGCUGAAGAAAUUCAACCUGCCAAAGACGAUGAUGUGCACUUCUACACGGCCAUCA